UAGUGUUCUUGUGUGCAAGGGAGCUAGUGAAGGUCAGGCUUUGGGACGCACCCACAGCGUCAGCAAAGGAGGAAAAAUUAAGGGGCAGCAUGGGCUGAAAAGCCCCUGAGUUCGAGGUCAAGCCAACGGGCGGGGCCUCUGGUAUCCUAGGAUCUGCCCUGCACACAACCUUUGGCCGUUUCUCGGUUUGAAUCUCGCCUGUACAAUUCCAGACGAGACACUGUCUUACUGAGCGUUCUCCCGGCGCCUAGCUCAGAGCUGACAGCAGAGCCAGCUCUCAAUAACCUCUAGACGCAAAAGCAGCUUUUGAGGUUAGGGGCGAAGGGCAUCGGUUUUACUUAUUUUAAGGCUGGCGCUCCGGUGCAGCCGGAUCCAACUGCCAGCACAAUGUUCCCGAUCACUUCUCGCUUCCAUUUCAGCCCAGGUGACGUCGGGAAACCCACAGGACCCAGUAGGGGCUAAGCGGUUAAGCUGCGUCCUUCAGGUGUCAGUCUCUAUCCGUUCGGAAACCACAAAAUCCAGAAUCCCUUGUGCCAGGAGGCCAGGCCGCAAAUAAGAUGGCUCCAGAAAGGUGGAACAUACAGCGGCGGGGAACCUAGUCGAUGGCAGUUUCUUCACGGGAUGUGUUUAAAUUGCCGAGUCCCCACAUAUGCGCCACCCCACAAACCUCCUUCGAGGCCGUGGAGGCCACGGCUGCCGCCUCUCCCGCUCCUCCAGGAGCACGCUGGGAUUUGUAGUCCACCCGCCGGACUGCGCCGAGCUACCUUUCCCAGCCUGCCCUGCGGCUCGAGUGAUAUCAACAGUCUUUUCCAGAACUCUGUCUGCACUGAGACCCCCUUCCCCCGGUCCUCUUCUCGCCGUCGACUCCUUCCCAUCUGUGGCGACAGAGCGGCGGUUGCAGGAGAGGCCCCGGUCCCUCGCCGCGCCGCCCCGAGCGGCACUUCCGGCGGCGGUUCACUUCCUGGUUGGGUGGAUGGAGCCGGGCGGGAGCGCGCGCGGGGGAGGGGCGGCGGGUCAGUCUCCGCCCGGCGCUCCCGGGAUCAGCUGGCGGGCGGGCUGGAGCCGAGCGCGGCCCCGGCUCUCGCUGCAGCGCCGCCUCCUCUCUGCGUCGCAGGCUGGCCCGGCGGCCGUGACAAUGUCGCGGGGCUGGUAGCUGGGCGCCGGCCGCCGAGCCGUCUCAAGUUUAAACUUACACGAAUCGCUUUCUGGAGGAGGAGGGGACCCGCCGCGCGAUUGACACGCAUAUUCCUAUAGGCAUCCUCCCUCAGCCCCCACCCCCACGGCCGGAUUCGGGUGGCUCCUCUCCGAGCUGAAAUCCGAGAAGAAAUCCUUGGAUCUCUUUUCUUUAAAAAAAAAAAAAAAAUCUAGAAACCAUCGGUAUUUUGCUUUGCUGCUCCCUAUUCGCAAGAUGAAGAAGUUUUUCGACUCCCGGCGAGAGCAGGGCGGCUCUGGCCUGGGCUCCGGCUCUAGCGGAGGAGGGGGCAGCACCUCAGGCCUGGGCAGUGGCUACAUCGGAAGAGUCUUUGGCAUCGGGCGACAGCAGGUCACAGUGGACGAGGUGUUGGCGGAAGGUGGAUUUGCUAUUGUAUUUCUGGUGAGGACAAGCAAUGGGAUGAAAUGUGCCUUGAAACGCAUGUUUGUCAACAAUGAGCAUGAUCUCCAGGUGUGCAAGAGAGAAAUCCAGAUAAUGAGGGACCUGUCAGGGCACAAGAAUAUUGUGGGUUACAUUGAUUCUAGUAUCAACAAUGUGAGUAGCGGUGAUGUAUGGGAAGUGCUCAUUCUGAUGGACUUUUGUAGAGGUGGCCAGGUGGUAAACCUGAUGAACCAGCGCCUGCAAACAGGCUUUACAGAGAACGAAGUGCUCCAGAUAUUUUGUGAUACCUGUGAGGCUGUUGCCCGCCUGCAUCAGUGCAAAACCCCUAUUAUCCACCGGGACCUGAAGGUUGAAAAUAUCCUCUUGCAUGACCGAGGCCACUAUGUCCUGUGUGACUUUGGAAGUGCCACCAACAAAUUCCAGAAUCCACAAACUGAAGGAGUCAAUGCAGUAGAAGAUGAGAUUAAGAAAUACACAACGCUGUCUUAUCGAGCACCAGAAAUGGUCAACCUGUACAGUGGCAAAAUCAUCACUACGAAGGCAGACAUUUGGGCUCUUGGAUGUUUGUUGUAUAAAUUAUGCUACUUCACUUUGCCAUUUGGGGAGAGUCAGGUGGCAAUUUGUGAUGGAAACUUCACAAUUCCUGAUAAUUCUCGGUAUUCUCAAGACAUGCACUGCCUAAUUAGGUAUAUGUUGGAACCAGACCCUGACAAAAGGCCGGAUAUUUACCAGGUGUCCUACUUCUCAUUUAAGCUACUCAAGAAAGAGUGCCCAAUUCCAAAUGUACAGAACUCUCCCAUUCCUGCAAAGCUUCCUGAACCAGUGAAAGCCAGUGAGGCAGCUGCAAAAAAGACCCAACCAAAGGCCAGACUGACAGAUCCCAUUCCCACCACAGAGACUUCAAUUGCACCCCGCCAGAGGCCUAAAGCUGGGCAGACUCAGCCGAACCCAGGAAUCCUUCCCAUCCAGCCAGCCCUGACACCCCGGAAGAGGGCCACUGUUCAGCCCCCACCUCAGGCUGCAGGAUCCAGCAAUCAGCCUGGCCUUUUAGCCAGUGUUCCCCAACCAAAACCCCAAGCGCCACCCAGCCAGCCUCUGCCACAAACUCAGGCCAAGCAGCCACAGGCUCCUCCCACUCCACAGCAGACGCCUUCCACUCAGGCCCAGGGUCUGCCCACUCAGGCCCAGGCCACACCCCAGCACCAGCAGCAACUCUUCCUCAAGCAGCAACAGCAGCAGCAACAGCCACCACCACCACAGCAGCAACCGGCAGGCACGUUUUACCAGCAGCAGCAGCAGGCCCAGACUCAGCAGUUUCAGGCAGUACAUCCAGCAACCCAGCAACCAGCAAUUGCUCAGUUCCCUGUGGUGUCCCAAGGAGGCUCUCAACAGCAGCUAAUGCAGAAUUUCUACCAGCAGCAGCAGCAGCAGCAACAACAACAGCAACAGCAACAGCUGGCCACAGCCCUGCAUCAACAACAGCUGAUGACUCAGCAGGCUGCCUUGCAGCAAAAGCCCACUGUGGCAGCAGGACAGCAGCCCCAGCCACCGCCAGCUGCAGCCCCACAGCCAGCCCCUGCCCAGGAGCCAGCGCAGAUUCAAGCUCCAGUAAGACAACAGCCAAAGGUUCAGACAACCCCACCUCCUGCUGUCCAGGGGCAGAAAGUUGGAUCUCUCACUCCACCCUCAUCCCCCAAAACCCAACGUGCUGGGCACAGGCGUAUUCUCAGUGAUGUAACCCACAGUGCCGUCUUUGGGGUCCCUGCCAGCAAAUCAACCCAGCUGCUCCAGGCAGCUGCAGCUGAGGCCAGUCUCAAUAAGUCCAAGUCUGCAACCACCACUCCAUCAGGCUCUCCUCGGACCUCUCAACAAAACGUUUAUAAUCCUUCAGAAGGUUCUACGUGGAAUCCCUUCGAUGACGAUAAUUUCUCCAAACUCACAGCUGAAGAACUACUAAACAAGGACUUUGCCAAGCUGGGGGAAGGCAAACAUCCUGAGAAGCUUGGAGGCUCAGCUGAGAGUUUGAUCCCAGGCUUUCAAUCAACCCAAGGUGAUGCUUUUGCUACGACCUCAUUUUCUGCUGGAACUGCUGAAAAAAGGAAGGGUGGGCAGACUGUGGACUCUGGCCUCCCGCUUCUAAGUGUGUCUGAUCCUUUCAUUCCUCUUCAAGUACCUGAUGCACCAGAAAAACUAAUUGAGGGACUCAAAUCUCCUGACACUUCUCUUCUGCUCCCUGACCUCUUGCCUAUGACAGAUCCUUUUGGUAGCACUUCCGAUGCUGUAAUUGAAAAAGCUGAUGUUGCUGUUGAGAGUCUCAUCCCAGGACUGGAGCCCCCAGUUCCCCAGCGCCUCCCAUCUCAAACGGAAUCUGUGACCUCGAAUCGCACAGAUUCUCUCACCGGGGAAGAUUCCCUGCUUGAUUGUUCUCUGCUCUCUAACCCUACUACUGACCUUCUGGAAGAGUUUGCCCCCACAGCAAUCUCUGCUCCAGUCCAUAAAGCUGCAGAAGAUAGUAAUCUCAUCUCAGGUUUUGAUGUCCCUGAGGGCUCGGACAAGGUGGCUGAAGAUGAGUUUGACCCUAUUCCUGUAUUGAUAACCAAAAACCCACAAGGUCUCCAGAGAGAGUCCAGUCCCUGUCCUGUAAUAACUGUAGAGCGCUUUAAAGAAUCACUGGGCGUUAAAGGCCUUCCCCUGUAUCCAGACCCCUCCAGGGUACCUGGCACAAAGACUCAGAACAACUUAGAAUCUGACUACUUGGCCAGAGAUGGCCCCUCAAGCAACAGCUCAUUCCACAGUAGCGAAGAGGAAGGGACUGACCUUGAAGGAGAUAUGCUGGACUGCAGUGGGUCUCGGCCUCUCCUUAUGGAGUCUGAAGAAGAAGAUGAGAGCUGCAGGUCCCCCCAGGGGAAGCUGGGAGGAGCCGUUGCAUUCGCUCCACCAGAGGUCUCUACUGAGCAAGCAAAGACAGUGCAAGGUGGAAGAAAGAAUCAGUUUCAGCCAGCCACUGAUGGGCUCAGUGAGCCAGAUGUUUUUGCCAUAGCUCCCUUUAGGAGCUCCAGGGUUCCAAAUGAUGACAUGGACAUUUUCUCCAAAGCCCCAUUUGUCUCCAAGAGCAGUGUGGCUCCUUCCCAGCCAGAGGAGUCGGACGUGUUUUUGAGAGCUCCUUUCACUAAGAAGAAAAGCAUGGAGGAGUUAACAGUUAUCCAGAGCACCUCCCAGGAGCUACCUGCACAGACCGGUCUCCUCGGUCAGACAGGUGACAUCCCCGUGCCCUCGGGCCGUGAGAGAGCUGUGUACACCUCUGUCCAAGCUCAGUAUUCCACAGCUGGUUUUGUGCAACAAUCUAACCUCCUCUCCCAUUCUGUGCAAGCAGCAGACCAUCUGGACAGCAUCUCUCCCAGGGGAUCCUGCCUGGAAUCGGGGGGUCAUCCUAAUGACAGAAACAAAGGACCUCAGCUCCAGAAAGAAGCUGUCUCAGGCUCCGUGGCUGGCAAACCAUUCCGCCCCCAGUCCUUAUCCAAGUAUUCCCGUCACUAUAGUCCAGAAGAUGAGCCAAGUCCAGAAGCCCAGCCCAUUGCUGCCUACAAAAUUGUUUCACAGACCAACAAGCAGUCGAUAGCUGGGUCUGUUUCUAUCAUAUCCCUUUCUUCCAGGACUACGGAGCUGCCAGCUGCUGAUCCAUUUGCUUUAGCACCCUUCCCUUCAAAAUCAGGCAAGAAACCGUAGGAGCAAAACCUGAGCCUCAAGCCUCUGUCUCUGUCCCACCCUCAAUACCUGCCACGGCACUCCCAGCUGAGCCUUCCGAAGAAGAAAUAUUAUCAGUUCUUAUCUUUCAAUUCCCUGCGUCAGAGCAGAAUUUCUUGAGUCAACAAACUCAGUUGCAGUGAUAUUUAGUUGAAGCCCCUUUAAGUUAUGUUCUUUUUGUUGUUGUUGUUAGUUUGUUUAUAUUGAUUUCUGGACUUGUAGGCAUUUUCAUAUCCUUCACAGAGGUCAUCCACUUCCACCAAGAACUCUGCUUCCCCCCACCCCCAGAAACUUUAAAUCCUGAAAUACUUCUUCACCCCAAUCCCAAAGGGGCCCUAUUGUUGCUAGUUUUAAUUCCCGUAGCUCCUGUUCUAAGUCAUGCCCGUCGAAGAAUCAAGAUUAGUCCCUCCACUAAAUUAAGAUUUAGUACUCCUGAAAAGGGGAGAUGUCUGGAAAGAAGAGCAAGAUGAAAACCCUGCACAUCAACAGGAAGUAUAAUCCUGCAGUUACUAAUGAUUCUUGUAGAAGCAGAAGCUCUAGGAGUCUCUGGAUCUGUUUCUGAAUCUGUGUGCAAGCCAGACUGGCCCUUGUGCAUGGGUGUCUGUGGGUGUGGAAUGUACGUCAGAACCUAUGUAGAGAUACAGGCAGAUGGGAUAACGCCUCAUUAUCUAGUCAUGCUGGCAGGGCUUUCCGCACAUCCAUGCUUUUGAAAUUAGUAUGAGUGUACAGGUUUGUGUGUGCAUGUAUGCGUGUGUGUGCACAGGAAGCAUUUCUACUUGAGGGAAAUCCUGCCCCAUCAUGCCUGCCUCCACAAU